GUGUGGCACUGGCAGAAACGACGCCUGUGUCUCGCGCGCGUACUGUGUCAGCUGACAAGUCAGUGAUAACAGACGCACACUGACUCCACUGUCAGUGACCCAUAAAGUGAUUUUUUUUUCUUCAAAAUCUUUCCUUCGCUUCCCACACACCCAAAAAAAGGAUUUACUUGUUUACUGUUUUCCUCUGGUUUGAUCAACAAUGCCUGCUGACACCAUGGAAAAGCAGACGGCCUCUCCUAUCGCCGGUGCUCCAGCCAACGGAUCUCAAACACCGGACAAACCCAAAAAUGCCAGCGAGCACAGAAAAUCAUCCAAACCCAUCAUGGAAAAACGGCGGAGAGCGAGAAUUAACGAGAGUCUUGGACAACUCAAGACGCUCAUCCUGGACGCACUGAAAAAAGAUAGCUCCAGACACUCAAAGUUGGAGAAGGCUGACAUCCUGGAGAUGACAGUCAAACACCUGAGGAACCUGCAGCGCGUCCAGAUGAGCGCAGCGCUCUCCGCAGACGCUACCGUCCUGAGUAAAUACAGAGCUGGAUUCAACGAGUGCAUGAACGAGGUGACCCGCUUCCUGUCCACCUCAGAGGGGGUGAACACGGAGGUGAGGUCGAGGCUUCUCAGCCAUCUGUCCAGCUGCAUGGGCCAGAUGAUGUCCAUGAACUACCAACAGCAGGUCCCGUCCCAGCAGGCGCAUCUGGCACAGCCUCUGCACGUGCAGCUCCCCUCAACUCUGCCUAUCAGCGGCGGCUCCAUGUCCUCCAAACUCAGUCCCGCUGAGGCCGUGUCCCCGAAGGUGUUUGGCGGGUUCCAGCUGGUGCCCGCAACCGAUGGACAGUUCGCUUUUCUCAUCCCCAACCCGGCCUUUGCCUCCGCUACAGCCCCUGUCAUCCCACUUUACCCAAACGCAGGAGUGUCCGUGGCGGUUAACGCCAGCCCGGUGCACGGCAGCUUAGCACCGACUGCAGCGUCUCCAGUUCACGGGAUGACGUCCUUCUCCGGUGGAUCCCAAGCGGUGAGCCCAGUGGGAGUGAGCACCGGCUCUGAGAGCAGCGAGCCCGUGUGGCGGCCCUGGUAGCCGAACAGACCCAUGUGAAAACAGAUUGCAUUAUUUUAUUUUUCCAGUUUAGACAUUUAACUGACUGCACAUAUGAAAAGCUGUUGUGGGGGUUGAACCCGUGACUCUUCCGCCAUGGAAUUGUAACACUAACCACUUAAUUCCCCCAGAAGUUCUCAUCGUUUCGUUUUAUGGAACAGUUGCCUUACAUGGCAGAUUUUCUGUAAUUUACUGUCUGAUUCCAACAUUUGGAUGCCAGUGAUUAUAUGUACAUGCAGAAAAAUUAUAGAGAAAAAAAUGUUAUGAAGUACUUUUUAUGAAAAGGGUUUUUUUAGAUUUGUACAGAGUUGUUAUUAUUGAUUGUUAUACCAAAGCUGUGUUUUAUAUUUUUUUGUGGUUUUGUGCUAAUAACUGAAGUCGGGUGAUGACCCAUUGUUUUAAUAAAUGACUUUAAAGAAA